UCAGAGAAACGGCACGUGUGGCUUUGGCAGCUUCUGUAAUUGCUACACGUCCCCCCUGCACGCACCGACUGGUGCUUGGGGUGCAGGUGGGGGGGAAGCACCGCCUUCCCUGACAUCACGUGGAACCCUACUCCCGCGACAUAGGGCAGCGGCGGGGCGGGAUCAACGUGCGCGCGACGGCAAGGGCUCUGUUAUGGUUGCGCAUGCGCUAGCUGCUGGAUGGUUGUUCCAGGCUGGGGCCGCUAACGGGAAUGCAAGAAGCAUUGGGCAAGGAAUUUUGUAUUUAGUGAAGUUGGAGUUUCUUUUCACCUACUGGCCUGGAAGAAUCAGUUUUACUUCCUUUCCUCUUGACAUCUGUGUUUUGGGAACAGUCUCCUUCAAGAUUGCAAAAAUGCAGUUCAUGCCUCUCUGGGGGCCCAGUAUUCCUUUUGGGCAGCAGCAAUUUGGCCUUGUUUAAUUACAUGACACUUGUCUUUUUUCCUUUUGUUUUGUCAGGUUGAGCAUAUUUUCAAAGUUAGGCUGUGCAUCUUUGUCUUGGACCAUAAUUGACCAAAGGAAAUGGAGGAAAAGGAGCGAUGCGAUAAAUUCUGUCUGACACUUUGAUGUUAAGGCCAUGUAAAACAUUUUUCAAGAGGAACCCCAGAGAAAGAUGCAAAUAUAUUAGGGACAAUUUCUUGAAAGCUAAAGAAGGUGGGAGGGUGGGAGAAAAAUGAUUAAAAUCUUUAAGUUACUUUUGCAACCAUCCAUUUAAUACAACUGUUAAAGCAACAGCAGGUGUGCCACUUGUACGGGCUGGAGUUGUCUAGAAAGGAAAGGCUGUUUUGUGUGUGUGGAGAAUCUUCAUAAACUUUAACAUCUCCCAUCUUCACGUUCUGCACUACGAAAAAAUGAGUUGUGUGCCAUGGAAAGGUGACAAAACCAAAUCGGAAUCAUCAGAAACCCCGCAGCUGAUGCCAGUGUGUAUUUAUCAUGAAAAACAACGCAGGGAAUUGUGUGCCCUCCAUGCCCUCAAUAAUGUCUUCCAGGACAGUAAUGCCUUUACACGAGACACAUUACAGGAGAUUUUCCAAAGGUUGUCUCCCAACACCAUGGUGACACCCCACAAGAAAAGCAUGCUGGGAAAUGGGAACUAUGAUGUGAAUGUCAUCAUGGCAGCUCUUCAGACCAAAGGUUAUGAAGCAGUUUGGUGGGAUAAGCGCAGGGAUGUCAGUGUAAUUGCCCUGUCUAAUGUGAUGGGCUUCAUUAUGAAUCUGCCAUCAAGUCUCUGCUGGGGUCCAUUGAAACUUCCUCUUAAACGGCAACAUUGGAUCUGUGUCCGGGAAGUGGGAGGUACCUACUAUAACCUUGACUCUAAACUCAAGGUGCCUGAAUGGGUUGGAGGUGAAAGUGAGCUCAGGAAGUUUUUGAGACACCAGCUGCGAGGAAAGAACUGUGAACUACUGUUAGUGGUGCCGGAAGAGGUGGAAGCACAUCAGAGUUGGAAAGCUGAUGCAUGACCUGCAACUGCCCUGUGCUCACACUACAGUACUGGUCCUUCUCACCAAUUUCUAAUGUCUUGUGAUGUGGAUAACGAGCACUCUUCUCUUCCCUGGAACUUUGGCAUUCAUUUUUCCAUUAUGAGGGUGCAAUAAGGCAGCCACAAGGUAUUGUCAGGGCCAACAUGGAGAACAGAAGCUGGACAUAGCAGGGGAAGAGAAGGCAGUGGAAAUAAGAGAGCCAGAUCUGUGCUCCUUAAUUAUAAUGCAUAGUUUGAUUUAGAAAUGGGUGUUGGAAUCCUCCCCUUUAAUUUCCUGCUUUCCCUUUCUUCACCUGAGUCUUCAUAGUGGGUUACACACAACUAUCUCCAGGACUUCCCAGAGCUCAUUUCUUUGGCCAGUGCCUUCACGGUAGGGCUGGGGCCAAGCAUGUUCUUCCCUCCAGAGCCAUAUGUCCCUAUAAUCUUAUGGAGCCCCCUACAGGGGUUUUCAGGUCUCCAUACUCCUUAUUUUAAGUGUGUCCUUUGUCUCCCAACACCAAACUACGUUGGAGAAAUUUGCAAACCAUAUGGGUCUCUCAGGAAACUAGAUACUCUUAGCAAUGGUAUGGUGCUUGUGGGUUCCCCUUUUGUAAUAGUAAUUGUGCCAAGAGUAGACAAAAUGGGACCAUCAUAAUGGAACUCCUUACAGAAGUUUUGAGGUUUUCCUGUCUUGUAUAUUAUAAAUGUUUCCUUUGGUCUGAGAAUGAAAGACUGAAUAGUUCGGAAAAGCAGUAGUUAAAACUGAUGUUUGUUUAAAAGCCUCAAGUAUUUUUUGUUAGGUGGUUCACAUGUAGCCUGUGUUUAUUUUUCUUAUCUGUCCUGUAAUUCAGGGAAUUAUUCACUGAGCAGGGAAUAAAUCUACAGGCUCUUUUGAGGAUGGAAUCAUGAAAUAAAAGGGACAAGUAGCCAAGUUUCAGCAAGGUAGGAAGAUGAUAGAGGAGCAAAUGUUCACUUACAAGAGGAAUUAUGGGGAACAAGAUCAAAGGGCUAGAUUUCUGUUGUCAAUAGUUGGGGUUGAGAAUGUUUAGGUAAGUCUGUUGGGGAUGAGGGAAAGACUGUUUACAAAAGGUAGGCUAAACCACAUUCUUCCAUUGUGAUUCGUGAACCUCCUGAAUUGAGUAACUCCUUCUCACGAAAUAAGUGAAAAAAACUGAAGACCCUAGUAGGAAACUGAAUUAAGUUUUCCUUGUCAUCUCAUUUGGGUGUUUUGCAUCAUAUAUUUGUGUCACAGUAGGUAAAAUGGAGAAGAUGGCCUUUCACUCUAUUGACUUCUCCUUGAGCCCAGGUUAUUGUAUUGCUGCAUUUUUCAUUAUUAAUGCUUCUUGCCAGCUUCAUUUUCUGUAGUAUUGGAACAGCGGAAAUAAAACCCAUUUUUUUAGUGUUUCAUUCUAUAGGGAAAUGUAUAUGAUUAGUUACAAAGGAGGGCUAAAACGUGCAUCCUUGGAAAUUGAUUUGGCCUGUCUGUGCUGUGUAUAAGCAAGAACCAUGCCUUCUAAGCCAGCAUUCCAAGCCCUUCACAGUUGAAUGCAGUGUGAGUGGCAUCAAGAUCUUGUUUAUUGACCUCUGGACACCCUGCAGGCAAUAUACUGGAAACGUGCAUUGGCUCUUCUCUGCAUGUACUACAGUCUAAGCCCAAUGCUUCUGUUUUUCAAGAUGCCCUCCCGUCUUCUGGACUACACAUUCCAAAUGACCAAAACCAGCUGGCAGAAUUUGUACACACAUACACUUUUCACAAGCAGAAUCAGACUUGCAGUUCUGCUUCUGACUUGAAGCCAUUUUUUUCAAAAGCGAUUUUUUUUUAAAUCUCAGCAGGAAAGACUUAUUCUGUAUGCUGGCUCAAAUAGCACUUUGGAGAGACCCUGUUUGCAUGGAAGCCAAUGGACCAGUGCACAAUAUGCAAAUAUCUUUUAAAACGUAAGGCUCUUUCUUUCCCUCUCUGUGUAUUUAUGCCAUUGUUCUGUCCCUAGGGAAAGGUGGUGUGAUUCAGCAGCUCAGGAAAAGGGAACGUGAUCACCCACCCCUCUGGACCAGAGUUAUGGCAGCAGAGGAAAGGAACCAGCCCCUUCCCAUUGCUUGGGAAUGGAGAAGCCCAUAAUUGUUUUCUUGCUUGUUUGGUUUGUUAUAGCCUUGUCUUGGGUUUGUUUACAGAGAUGUAUUUUGUUUAACCAAAUAUUAAAAAUGAAAAAGCC